AUGUAUGAAUUUACACUUUUAUAUCCAGAUAUCAAUAAUUUUGAUCAAAUAAAAGAUAUUGCAUUGAAAGCAUGUUUAGAUAACACCUUUGAUGACGAAAGCCAAAUAAAUGCCAUUAAUAGCGAUUUGAAUUCAAUAUACAUGCAUAUUAAGAAAAACUAUAUGAAUGUUAUGCAUCAAUUGGAAAGUAGAAAAGUGUAUGAUUUUCUAAAGCUGAGGAAGAGGUUUCCCAAGAAGAACCAUGUAAUUUCUGAGUUUUGCAAGUUCAAGCUUGUGGAUACUCUCGAUAGUAGUGGUCCAAUGUAUGAGCUUAUGGAUGGAAUGCAAAAAGCAACAAUUAAGACAGAGGAGAGAAGGUGUCCUUUUUGUAAUAUAAAUGUGCCAGCCAAUACUAUGAGCAUGCAUCUCAAAGAAGCAAAGUGCGGUCAAGAAACUUCUGUAGCAGAAGAAAAAGUGACUGUUGUGUUUGAUAAGGGAGUGAAGACUGAGUAUGAGCAGCUUGUAUUUGAUGCAAUGAGUGUUAAGAUGUUGAAGAAAAUGGUUUAUGACCGAACUGGAGUAUCAGUUAGCAAGCAAGCUAUGUACAGAGGGGAUACAGUUUUGAAGAAUGAUGAAAUUGUUGCGAAUGAAAUGAUUGUUUUGAAACAGAAGAGGCGUGAGCAGAGAUAA